GUGAAAUUGAUCUGUGUGUGGAGUUGGUUUGACACCUGUUGAUGACUGAGAGCGGUGUGUGUCAACCUCGACCGGCGGGUUGUAACUCGUUGUAGCGGUUGUACGCUUGUGUUGACAAGGGAGGCGAAGUGUGGCCGUCACGUGCCUCCUCUCCUCAACUUCCUUGCCGCGCUGCACGCUUUGAUGUAUUGUAGUGGCAGAGAAGAAUACACGUGUAGAUUUCAUCAUUGACAAGAAACAUGAACCCAAGCAUUUCUGGAUUGGAAAAUAUCCGGAUGGACGAAUACCAGCAAAACGGAAGUAGGAUAUCGGAUCCGCGGCUGCGCAAAGCGGUUGCUAUGGUAACGGAAACUCAGAGACUGACCCCACUGUUAAAGGAGGAGCUUCGCCUGCAGAUCCUCACAAAACGUCACGCUAAUGGACAGGCUGAAAUCGACAAGGAAGACCAUACCCCUAAACAAUUUGAGUUAACCCCGGAGGAGAUAGAGAAGAAACAACGAAGAAGAGAGCAGAACAGAUUAGCUGCUCAACGAUGUCGCCAGAAGAAAAAGAUGUGUCAGAACUUCGUCUUACUGGAACUGGAGAAGCAGCAGGCCCGGAACCGAGACCUAGAGAUGGAACUGCGCAAACUCCGCCGAGAGAAAAUGGAGCUUCAAUCAGCGUAUGAGAGUCAUGUGACUUCCGGUUUGUGCAGCUUUGUCAAACCAGAAGGAGAACAAAUUCUUCCGCAAUGUUCCUUUUCGGAUUUCAGUUUCAUCGGCGAAGCUUUGAACUUACCAGAGGAUUGAUAGCAUCGUGUACCAUUGUGUUUCCGACUUGACCCAGACUUGCCAAACUUAUUGUCGCACAGUGUCUUUCAGAGUUCCGUCUUGCAGUUGUUUUAUAUUGUCUUCAUUAAUGCUGGCCACAGAACUUACACAUAUUCUGACUGUAACCUUGACAGGAUAUUCAUUCCACAUAUCCCGGCAAAGGAACUAGAAGUUGGGAGUCAUAUCUUAUCUUAAAGCAGGCGGAUUCAUAGUGCUUAAAAGAAAUGGAACCCGACCUGUAUUUAUUGCGCACAAGCCGGUAAAAGGCUUGACAGUGAGGAUUGUAAAGGGUUUUAAGAGCCUCAUUAAAGACAAAUAUACCAUAACUCUGAGCUCUCAGAGGGUGCCACUCCUGUUUUUGGUACUAAGGAAUCCAACCCAUGUUUUGUGGUAGGCUAUAUAACGCAUAUGCUAUCUCACAGUCUCUGAACCACACUAUAUUCCCUGCUGCCCAUCCCUCCAUGCAAUGCUUAAGGCCCUGAAUGAAGCAAGUCUAGAUUUGCUCAGCUUCUGGCUCACUGGGGCUCCUUUUCUGUAUAAAUAGGAUUAUUUGUUACUGUCAAAAUUAUAUAUAUUCAGAGAUUAAGCUAAUUGUCUAAACGCAGUGCUGUACGGCGGAAUCUGACCCAUGUUUAGUGGUAGUCCAGAUAACGCAGUGAUGUGCGGAGAAUACCAUGAAUGGAUCACUUUUAAUAAUUUAGUGAUAUGCUGAAGGUUCAGUCUCUAAUUUUAGGCUAAUUAUUUAUUGUUUUCAACCCAAGCCCAUAACGCGUGUCUGCACACACUCGUGGCAAUACCCUCACACAUUUACACAUGUACCCCCCACAACAUGACCCCAAUCCCUACACACACACAUACAACAUCCCCUGCUUCCCCUGUCUGACCGAUGUACCCCGCCGUCAUAUUGCUGGAAUAUUGCUAAAAGCGGCGUUAAACCAUACUCACUCACUCCACAGUCACACAGAUAUUCCAAAACACCCGCAAAUUCCCACAAACCAGUGAUAUACCUAGUGAUAUGAAUGUAUAUAUACCAAUGUGUUAAUAAACUUAUUCAUCCUUCCGAUUAGCGUAUCACACUGCGUACAGCAGGACAGGUGUCAGUGUAUUGACGCAGGCGACAGUAACAUCUUCACUCCUAAGCCAUGUCCGGGAUGCAGACAUAUUUGCGUCUUGCAGCUACCGGAACAUUCUCGUCAUCGUGUUUGAUGCAAGUGACACAAAAGUUUACGCCAAAUGAAAAUUGUUUUGUGACCCGGAUUGAGGUUUUAUGAACCUCUCUUAAAGGUGUCUGACAAUGCCAGUUAUGUAAAAAUGUCUGCGAUGAAAACACACCGGCCAUAUACGUCCACUCGUUAAUCUACAUGUCUGCCUGUUACACCAGAGAGCGGUGCGUGUGAUACGCUCAACACAGGUGAAUUGAAUCUAUCGCGAAAUAAAACUCCGACCAGUGUGUCCCCAUUGCGGAUAUGGAAAGGGGAGGGGGAGAUUUUAGUACGGAUAGUUCCUUUACUCCUGCCAGAGAUAUUUGGCUGCUAGAAAACCUGUAGAGCAGAUGUCUACACGACAAAAUCAUUUUGGACAUUCCCAAUUUGAUUCAUUUCCAUAGAUUUUUAUACCCCACCGGUCAGUCGUGGUGUUGGCCUACUAUGAUCUGAUGUUUAUAUUGUACAUGUUUAUAUUGUUCAGGUUAUUCUCCAUCACAUUAACAUCGGGGUGGCGGGAAAUCAUAUCAUAUGCUAUGUUGUGGGUUUGUGCUCUGGUGACAGAAGACCACCCACAGAUGCGUUAAAACCGGUCUUCAAAAAACGUUUAUUUUCGGAGCCUGUAAAACGCGACUGAUUUUGGUUAUGUAAUAGAUCGAGUGAACUCGCCGUUCCAUUACAUUUGUGGUGGUAAAGUUUUGGACAUUUUCAGAUAAAAUCAAAGAAAUAAUGUAAGAAAUUAAAAAGGUUAAUCAGAAGAGUUAAUAUUCUUCUAGAAAAGUGGUCUCGUGUGGCAACAUCAGGUAAACACACAGAACCAGCUGAGCACAGCCCCAGAAGAUGUAUUUUACGUUUAUAUAUAUAUAUAUAUUAAAAUGACAUAUACUAAAUAUGUAAAAUGCUAUUUUCUGUAGCAUGUUUAUUCUAUGUUUUAUGACUGAACUGAUUAAAGGCAGUAUAUUCCCAUGAAAGCAAUACGGUGUAUUCAGGUGUUGCCUUUAAGUGUGACUAUCUAGCAGUACAUCUUGAAUAAUCCCGUGCUUCCCUUGUGUACCUGAGUCAAUGCUGUACAAUCACCACGCUUGAAUGUUUCACUGUUUAAUCUCUCACGCGAACAUACGUGUACAUCCUACCCCUGUGAGCGUACCAUCCGUAACUAUUUACGUAUCAUACGUCCACAAGAACGUAUGUCUGUCAGAGUUAACGCAGAAUGAACGGAUGUGAAGGGAAUACAACCGAACAGAUUUCAGGCCGUAAGACAACAAUAUAUGAAGAUCACAGUGAUUAUACAAAUGUCUACAUUUUGGU